UCGGCUUGUGAAUUAACCUGUUUCAAAUUAACAAUGUCUCUUCCAAUGAUUUUCGCUCUGAUUUUCACCCUGUUUUUGUCAUUUUACUCCUCCGUCUUGGCAUUGACACCUUUAUCGGAGCCACCAAAAGGGGAUCCAAAUUGUCAAAAUGUGUCUUCCAUUCUUGAAGAAAUUCGUACCUACAAAAAUAAAGUCCGGGUAAUAAAUGAAGAAAUUAUGCUGGGCUCAUUUAAAGGAAGUGCCCUCAAUCAUUUGACCGAUUUUGUGGACAAAUUCGGUUCCAGACUUACUGGUUCGGACUCUUUGGAAAAAUCUAUUGACCACGUUUUGAAAAUUAUGCCGGAAAUUGGGUUUGAAAAUGUACAUUCGGAGGAUGUCAUCGCUCCAAAAUGGAUCAGAGGAGAUGAAUCACUGAAAUUAUUGAAACCUUAUCCCAAAACGAUAUCCCUACUUGGACUUUUACCAUCCGUUUCAACUCCGAAGGAAGGAAUGACAGCAGAAAUUAUUGCCGUCAACGGAUUUGACGAGUUAAAAAACUGUUCAAAAUGCAUCAAACAAAAUCAUAGUUUUCAAUCAACCCUUUGACAAUCCUGUCGAUGGAAUAAAAUAUCGUCAAUUCGCUGCCAUUGAGGCUUCGAAACUGGGUGCGGUGGGAACAUUGAUAAGAUCAUAUGCGACAUUCACGCUUGGAAACCCGCACACCGGCCUCAUGUUUUACGAGGGGGGCUCCUUACCAAUCCCAUCGGCAGAAAUAUCCAUUGAAGAUGCAGAUCUGUUGUAUCGCCUCUACAAAAAAGGAGAAAAAGUUGAGGUGCAUUUUAAGCUCUUGAACGAACAUGUUGGAAAUAUUACGACACGAAACUCUAUCGGAGAUUACAUAGGAUCAUCAAAACCGGAUGAAUUCGUCCUAAUUGGAGGACAUGUUGACAGUUUGGAUGCUGGACAAGGAGCGUUGGACGAUGGCUAUAGGGUAAUCCUCUCGUUGUAUGCGGUCCAAGUUCUUCAAAGACUUGGAUUACGACCACGCCGAUCGAUCCGAACAAUUAUUUGGAGUGCCGAAGAAGUUGGCAGGGUUCCUUUGGGAGCAAAACAAUAUUUGGAAAACCAUUUAGACGAGCUAAAAACAAAAUACAGCAUAUUUCAAGAAGCUGAUUCCGGAAUUUUUGACGCAAAUGGUUUAAUAUUCAACGGAACCAGUGAAGCGGGAUGCAUUAUGGCGGAAAUUUUAAAAUUACUUGAGCCCGAGGUCAUCCCAGAGACAAAACUAGUUCAAAAUUUCUCCCAUCUAAAAACGGACAUUGUCCCGCUCAUGCAAGCCACGGGGGUUCCAGGGGCCGUAAUCGCGGCCAAUGCGGACAAGUAUUUUUGGUACCACCAUUCAAACGCGGACACUGUGACGGCCAUAGAUUCCAAAGAUAUGGACGUGUGUCUAGCCCUGUGGACGGCGGUAUCGUUUGUCUUGGCCGAUUUGGAAUUUAUGUUGCCACGGAUGUCCACUAACGUCGCGGGCUGCCCAAUCAAAGGUGCGCUAGGCGGGAACACAGCGAAAUUAAAUUUCGAAAAAAUUAUUUUUGAAUAGACCAAGUUAUAAGCUUUCCAUUGAUAUAUGUCACCAAUUAUUGAGUCACGGCUAAGACUAGGAACACUUGGGUUGAAAGGUAAGAGUUGAAAAAAGAGUGAUUGGGUUUCACAAAAAUCGAACAAACUAUGAUUCUAAAAUCACUUGGCAAUUUUUCAAGCAAGAAUGUAUUCCUCAUUCAAAUGUCAACUCUUACAUAAAAAAGUACGAGGAAUCCAAUGAACUCAAAUUCAAAGUCCCCACUGGUCGACCUGAAAAACUUGUGACGACAAAAGUCAAAAAUCGCAUUUAAAAAAUCUUCUAAAAUUAUCCAUCAACGACAAUGGCUGCAGCGGAAAGGAAGGUCAACAUUUCAAAAAGCUAUCUGAGCAAAAUGUUUGUCAACCUUUAUUCAACUGUCAACAAAUAUCAGCGAAUACAACCUGUUUUCUAAUUAUUGUUCUAAUUAUUAUUCUAAUUGUUUCGAUAAAUGGACGGUUGUGACUUUCGGUAAAUUUUAUUACGAGUUUGUGGUACAUAAAUGCUUAAAUAUAUAUUUAUAUUACAUAUGUACAUAGGUAUUUGGACAUAUAGUGAUUGAUCACAUUGGAAUGAAAUUGGUCGUUGACACUGAAAAAAUUAAAAUUAUCUGUUCAAAUCGUAAACAAUAAUCUUACUAAUGACUAUAAAUAUAUUAUGCAAAAUUACA